AUGAUGAUGAUGAUGAAGGGUUCCUUGUUAAGAAUAAUAAUAGUUGUUAUUUUAACCCUUCCCUUUUGUUUCCCCACUGCCUACUCUGGGGUUCGUUGCAUUGAAAGUGAGCGACUCGCGCUUCUAAACUUCAAGCAAGACCUUGAAGAUCCUUCAAACCGGCUUGCCUCUUGGGUUGCUACUGCAUCUGACGUGGAUUGUUGUGACUGGGACAGUGUUGUUUGCCACAACCGCACCGGUCAUGUCCUCCAACUCCAUCUCAAAGCCUUUUAUCCUCUGUAUGACGACGAGCUUACAACCGAUGAUGCCCAAUAUGAAGCUCAAUUGCAAACUUAUGAGAGGUCAGUGUUCAGCGGUAAGAUAAAUCCUUCUCUGCUUGAUUUGAAGCAUUUGAUUUACUUAGACCUCAGCUACAAUGAUUUCGGUGGUGCUCACAUUCCUAAAUUCCUCGGUUCAAUGGGGAGCUUAAGAUAUCUUAAUCUCUCCAAUGCGGGAUUUGGGGGAUUGAUUCCUCAUCAACUUAGGAAUCUCUCUAAUUUGCACUAUCUCAAUCUUGGAGGUUCUGCUUAUUAUGAUAAUUUGUAUGCCAUGAACCUUCAAUGGCUCUCUGGUCUUCCUUCACUACAACACCUUGAUUUGAGUUUUGCAAACCUUAGCCAAGCCUCUGAUUGGCUACAGGAGAUAAAAAAACUCCCUUCCUUGUCAGAGUUGCGAUUGUCAUUUUGUGAACUUUCUGGUUUCAUUCCACCACCAAUACCCAACAGUAUUAACUUUUCAUCUCUCACCACCCUUGAUCUUUCAACCAACUUUUUUGAAAACAGUUUGAUUCUGUUUUGGGUCUUUGGUCUUUAUAAUCUAGUUUCUCUUGAUCUAUCUUACAAUUGGUUUCCAAGUCCAAUCCCUGUUCAUCUCCAAAAUUUGACUUCACUUAGGCACCUCAAUCUAUCUUGGAAUGAUUUCAACAAUUCAAUUCCCAAUUGGCUGUACAGUUUUAGUCAUCUUGAGUUCCUCAACCUCCAGAAAAUUUUUUUGCAGGGUACAAUCUCUAGUGCCAUUGGAAACCUAACAUCUUCCAUUAGCAUAGAUUUGUCAUCCAAUGAACUUGAAGGAAAGGCACCAAGAUCUUUAGGUAGUCUUUGCAAAUUAAGGGAAAUUAGAUUGUUGUACAACAAAUGGGGUCAAGAGAUAUCUGAAAUCUUUGAAAGUCUAUCAGGAUGUGCUUCAAAUGGACUAGAGAUCUUAGAAAUGGAUAUUGCUCAACUGUCUGGGCAUUUGACUGAUGAACUUGGGCAAUUUAAAAAUCUGGUCAUCAUUUCUUUGAGGUCUAAUUCAAUUUCAGGUCCAAUUCCAUGGCCUAUGGGAAAUCUUUCCUCUUUGAGAUCCUUGGACCUUCAAGUUAAUCAAAUUAAUGGUACUCUCCCUCAAAGUUUUGGACUACUCUCCAAAUUAGAGUCUCUGAAUAUUGGUUUAAAUAUGUUGGAGGGUGUGGUGUUAGAAGUUCAUUUUGCCAAUUUAAUGAGAUUAAAAACACUUAUUGCAUCUCAUAACCGACUAACUUUAGAAGUAAGUGACAAUUGGACCCCUCCUUUUCAACUCAAAACCUUAUUUUUGGGAUCAUGGAAUUUAGGGUCAAAAUUUCCUUUGUGGCUCUAUUCACAAAAGCAACUUCUGAGCUUGGACAUAUCCAACACAGGGAUUAUAGAUGCAGUUCCUCCUUGGUUUUGGAACUUGUCUUCUCAGUUUACUUAUCUAAAUAUCUCUCACAAUCAAAUCUAUGGAGAGAUUCCACAUAUCCCUUUGACUUUGUCCUAUGCUCCAAUAAUUGAUGUGAGUUCAAAUAACUUCACAGGUCCAUUACCUUGUAUAUCCUCAAAUGUGAGCUUUCUUGACCUUUCUAACAAUUUACUAUCUGGAUCUAUUUCUCACUUUUUGUGUUACAAGAUGAAUGAGCCCAAAAGUAUGGAAUUUCUCAAUCUUGGAAAAAAUCUUUUAUCAGGGAAAAUAAGUAAUUGUUGGAUGAAGUGGCAACGCUUGUUUGUCUUAAAUUUGGGGAUCAACAAUUUCACUGGUAAAAUUCCAACAUCCAUUGGAUCUUUAAGUAAUCUUAAGUCUUUGCAUCUGUACAACAACAAAUUCUCCGGAAAACUUCUAUUUUUGUUGAAAAAUUGUAGAGACUUGUCUAUUAUUGAUAUUGGCAAAAAUGAAUUUGAUGGGAGCAUACCUAAGUGGACUGGACAUAGACUUUCAAGCUUGAUGAUUCUCAGCCUUCACUCCAAUAAUUUCUCUGGUCAAAUACCGGAUGAACUUUGUGCUCUAACUUCUCUCCAAAUCCUUGACAUUUCACAUAAUAAGAUGUUUGGAAGCAUACCUAAAUGUGUUAACAAUUUCAUUACGAUGGCCAGAAAUAACAAUUCAAAUCAUCCCAUAUCUUUUGUUGCUAUGUCACUAUAUUAUAUUUAUGGGCCUGUUGAAAGUGAAUUGCUUGUGAUUAAGGGAAACUCUCUUCAAUAUUCCUCCACACUUCAAUUGGUAAAUACUAUAGAUCUUUCCAACAACAAUUUGUCAGGAGAGAUUCCUAAAGAAGUGGCUAGUCUCCAAGGACUACAAUCAUCGAAUUUGUCAUUUAAUGUCUUGACUAGAAGGAUCCCAAAGAAUAUAGGUGAUAUGAGAUUUAUAGAAUCUAUUGAUUUCUCUAUAAACCAACUUUCAGGUCAAAUUCCCCAAAGUAUGUCAAGUUUGACAUUUUUGAGCCACUUGAACUUGUCGAACAACAAUUUGAUUGGGAGAAUCCCUUCAAGCACUCAGCUACAAAGCCUCAAUGCAUCCAGUUUUUAUGGAAACAAGCUUUGUGGACCUCCACUUACUGAUAAUUGUACUAUAAAUUAUGUAAAACCAAACAUUGAAAACAAAAGGAGCAAGGGUUUUGGUGGGCAUAUGUUUGAUUGGUUUUUUGUAAGUAUGGCACUUGGAUUUGUGGUUGGGUUUUGGGUUGUAUUGGGUCCUUUACUAUGGAACAAGCAAUGGAGAAUUUUGUAUUUUCAAUUCCUAGAUCACCUAGGGUACAAGCUUAGUGGUGUCGUGGCAAAAACCUGGUAUAGCAUUGUAAGUAAAUGUUGUAAGAUUCUUAAUAUUUAG